AUGAAUUGCCAGAAAUGCCGUCAGCCUCUCAGGCUGGAUGGCUCUCUCGAAGACCUCAACCCUGCCGCCUACGAUCUCCUCGUCUCCUCCACCUCACCAGAAACGCCUAAGAAGGCCACCGCAACCUCCUCCUCGACGACACAACCACAGGACCAAGCGCGCAAGUCCCUCUACGACAGGAUAUCACGAAACACGGGGCCACCGACUUUCAAGCGCAGCCAUGGUGGCCAUCCCCGCGAUUCCUCCAUGUCCUUCAUCUACUUGACCGAGUCGCAAGUCACAAACCCGCCAAGCCAGGGAACCGACCGACCCUCGACACCUCCUAAACUACGACGCGCAAGCUCUAUCAGGGGCACUGCGGACGAUCAGGAUGCGCCUAUGGGCAACGAAAUGGGGAGAAUAAACCGCCUCUUCGAAAUUCUAUCUGGGCGAUCCGAUAUCGACCACCCAAUAUGCGUCGAGUGCGCAGAUAUGCUCGUCGAGGGCAUGCAGAAGAAGCUGGAGGCGGCGUCGCGCGAAAGAGAUGGAUACGUGAAGCAUCUGAAAGAGGCCAAGGCAAACCAGCCUACCGAAGAGGAAAUCAAGGCACAAGAAGAAUCUCUCCGGAAAGCUGAGCAAGACAGGGAUAGUGCCAUGUUGGAACUGAAGAAGCUAGAGGCAGAAAAGGAUGCCUUGGACCAGGAGCUCGUGGCUCUGGAAGAGGAGGCUCGGGAGCUCGACAAAGAGGAGGAACAGUUUUGGAGGGAUCGCAAUGACUUUACGACCAAGAUGGCCAAGUUUCAGUCAGAGAGGGACAGCAUCAACGCCAAAUACAGCAACGACUCGCAGCUGUUGGAGAAGCUGCAGCGAUCCAAUGUGUAUAACGACACAUUUUGUAUCAGCCACGACGGCAGCUUUGCUACCAUCAACGGUCUACGUCUUGGCCGAUUGUCCAAUAAGCCGGUGGAUUGGCCAGAGAUCAAUGCCGCCUGGGGGCAUGCGCUUCUCCUGUUGGUGACGGUGGCAGACAAGCUCGGAUACAAGUUCGAUGGGUAUGAACCCCAACCCAUGGGGAGCACAUCAAAGAUCAUCCGGUACGAACUGCCCAACCCUGCGUCCAGCCGGCUCGGCACCCGCACAGUCAAUGCGCCGCCUAAGAAGCACGUGCUCGAGCUGUACAGCUCUGGAGAUAUGCCUCUGGGGCUGACGUUCAUGCACCGUCGAUUUGAUAACGCCAUGGUCGCCUUUCUUGAACUUGUGCGACAGCUGGGUGCGUUCGUGCAUAGGCAAACGGAUGCUACCGGCAAUCCGCUUAGUUUGCCGUACAAGAUUGACGGCGACAAGAUUGGGGAUGUGAGCAUCAAGCUCGGAAUCGCCCAAGAUGACGGCUGGACCAAGGCUUGCAAGCUGACAUUGACGUGCUGCAAGUUCUUGCUUGCACAUGCCAGCAACUCGCCCAACAUGGCUGCAUGCGCUCACUGCGGAAAGGAGGCAACCAUGCUUUGCAGCGGUUGUCAGAACGUGCCCGAGUACAUCCCAGGAGACGCUUCCGGCACCGUCUACUGCAACCGCGAGUGUCAGAAGGCACACUGGCCGGUUCACAAGUCCCUCUGCCACAUUCUGCGCCGCCGCAGGGUCAUCCUCCGAACUGCCGUGACCCUCAAGCAUGCUCUCCUCACGUACAGAGAGACCGUGUUCGACAUGGAGCUGAUCAAGCUUGAGUUCCGCGAUGGUACUCUUUUCAUCCAUCAGAAGAUGCGAGACAUGGAGAUUCCAGCCAAGCGUGGCCCGUUCCCUGAGGGUGCCACCGACAAUGUUCAGCACAAGGAGGCUGCUCUUCUCAACAGCCAGUGCACCAUGGCCAUGUCUCUGCUUUGCCCCUUGACCCGCAAGCUCCUCUCUGAGGUUGUCUCGACUCUCGAGGUCGUCGAUCUGGACAUGGGAAAGCCUCUUCUCGAUGUCAAGUUCGUCCCGGCUCCCCUGAUCGCCGUCCCCCACACCGUCGUCGCAGUGCAAUGCCCCGGAGUCAACGAGCGCUGGAUCAUCGACACGACCGGCGCCCAGUACGGCUUCAAGGAGGUUCUCAUGCCAUUCUGGCAGUACCUCGGCGUCCACGGGUGCCAGCAGCUCAAGGAAGCCUGGGACUAUGACCUUUCGGCCGAGUGGGACGUCGACCACGUCUCCAACAUUGAGUGCCUGACCCGAUCUCAAGCUCAGCGUGACGACCUCGAAGUUGAGCGCAAGCUUCGACGUCACUUUUAUAAGUUUGUCGAUGAGAAGAUUGAUAAGGAUCUGCUCAAGGGAACUGAUGGCCAGUUUGCAGUGAAGCUCACUGUGGUGAUGGAGGAUCUGCGUGCGCACAUGCUGAGCCUUGAGCUUUAA